GGGUCUUGAGUCAAAGAUCUUAGCGAGACAGAGAGAAGCAAAGAGAUGAUAAAGAACUCAUAUUCAGAGUACAGUAAUUCCCUCCAACCAGAGUAUAAUGUCAGGACAUGAGAACAACAACAACAAAAAGAGUAGAUCUGAGCUCUCGGGUCCUCAUUUCCAAGAUGACCAAGAAAAGAAGGAAUAACAGUUGUUCCAAAAAAGGCCGAGGCCAUGUGCAGCGUAUUCGUUGCACCAACUGCACCCGAUGCAUGCCCAAGGACAAGUCCAUUAAGAAGUUUGUCAUUCGAAACAUAGUUGAGGCCCCAGCCGUUAGGGACAUCUCUGAAGCAAGUGUCUUCGAUGCCUAUGUGCUUCCCAAGCUAUAUGUAAAACUACAUCACUGUGUGAGCUGUGCCAUUCACAGCAAGGUAGUCAAGAAUUGUUCUCAGGAAGCCCAGAAGGACCCAACGCCCGCACCCCAAUUUAGACCUGCGGGUGCUGCCCCACAACCUCCACCAAAGCCCAUGUAAGGAACUAAGUCCUUAAGGAGUGAAGAAAAGUUCUCUGGGGGGAAAAUAAAUGGAAAUUGUACUUAAGAAAAAAAGAGUAGAUCUGAGAUUAUGGAGGUACUUAUGUAAUAAUAACUAACAUAAAAUCCAUGCCCAUGUACUUUCCAUCCAUUAUCUCAUUUAAUCCUUGCAAGGAAACUGAAAUCUAGGAAAAUAAAGUAACUUGCUUAAACUUCACACUGUCCUAAUACAACUUCACACUUGUCCUGCUCCUUAACAGACCAACUCCUUUGAAUUUCAUUUCAUCAGUAUGAAAAGCCAUAAGAAAGUUUUUUUUUAGCAAUUGCCACUUAAUUUCUUCUCUGUCUUCUCCUUCUAAUGGCCUCCGUUUUCUCUUUUGGGAGAGCAGAAGGGAAAAUGGAGAGGGGACUUUAGCUCCAGAAAGCGUUUCUGAUCAUCCUCCCUCUUCAGAAUGGCCAGUCUCAUCUGAAUCGCAAGCCCUCUCUUGCAUUUAGGGGCUUCAACACCGAUCGCUCUGCUGUUUACAUAAGACUGUUCUUUAAAGCUGCAAGAGCUUAUUUUGUGUUUUUAACCUUCUUAUGUAAAGCAAGUACUAGUAGCAUCCUUAUUUACAAAUACCGAGAAGGAAGUUCAGAGAGACCAAAUGAUUAGGUAAAUCACAACUCUGGGCGGCGAUUUCUUUUCCUGUAAAAUGCGGUUGUUGAAGUACACAUUUCUUUGCAACAACAAAAUAUUUAUCAUUCUGGACCUGCUCAGAGUUGGCAAGCAAUUCAGAAGCAAAAUUAGUUUACUAACUCAGACGUAUCUCUACUAGAUCAUUGUGGGAAAUAAAGUCCUGCGCUCCCCAGGGCAGCCGAGGUGGAGUG